AUAAUUUGCGUGACAUAUCGCCCCGACGACUCUCCUCUGAGUUCCUUCGAAGAAGUUCUUAAGCCCAGCUAUAUUCAAGCCUUGCUGCUUGACAAACCGAUCACAAUCCCAGACGACCUAAACUGUGAUGGCCUCAAGAAAACAGGCACUGAAUUCAAAGCUCUGGAGAAAUUCUAUACGGAUAUGAACCUGAAACAACUCAUUACAAAACCAACCAGGAUAACAGCGACCACUCAAUCCCUGCUCGACGUUAUCCUAGUCUCCUCCAACAAUUCAGUGCGUGAUAGCGGUGUAAUACAUCGACCAAUUAGUGACCAUUCAAUUGUUUUUGUCAAGCUCAAGGUUAAGAAACCCAAGACUACCCCC